AUGCGCGCGCGGGGCGAGCGCGAGUCCGAGUGCGAGUCCCUGGCGACGGCGCGGCCCCGGCAGAGAGCGGGACGGGAACGCGGGGACACGGGACACGGGACACGGGGACACACGGACACAGCGGCCCCGUCCCGUCCCACCGCCAUGGAGCACAGCCGGCAGGAGGAGGAGGAGGCAGAGGAGCGGACUGUGGGCUCGUGGUUGUGCCUGGUGGAGAGCGGCUGCACGGACCAGGCCGAGUUCCCCACGCUGGAGGAAGGGCUGCUGUCCUCAGCUCAGGCUUCUCCUGGAGCUCCAGCCCCUGCCUCGCCGCUGGCUGGGAAGGAUGGACACCCCUCUGGACACUCUGGACACCCCUCUGGGCACUCUGGACACUCCUCUGGGCACUCUGGACACUCCUCUGGGCACUCUGGACACCCCUCUGGACACUCUGGACACCCCUCUGGACACUCUGGACACUCUGGACACCCCUCUGGACACUCUGGGCACUCCUCUGGACACUCUGGACACUCCUCUGGACACUCUGGACACUCCUCUGGACGCUCCUCCCAGGGCAGCAAUGGCCCAGCUGCUGCCUCUGAGCUGUCAGAGAGGGACAAGGAGUCCCCAAGGCAGGAGGAGGAAUCCUCAUCCUCAGGAAACUCCUCCUAUAAAACUGCACUGACCAAAUUCUCAGAGAAAAGUGAAAGGGGGGCGUGGCAGGAAAAGGUAAAAGUGCUUGGGAGUGGAGUCCUGGAGAAGCAGGAAAAAGGAAAGAAGGUGCCUGAGCUUGGUUUGUUGAAUAAUUUCUCUGAUGGCUGGAGGAAAGACCGUUCUGGAAGGUGGGGAGCUGAGGGUGCUCCUUGUGCAGCAGCCCCUGAGCCGGGCCAGGGGCCGGGGCAGGAAGGGGGGCUGCAGCUGCCCGCUGGCCCCAGGGGCUGGGGGCUCACGGCUGCUCCCGAGGAGCUGCUGCCAGCAAUCCUGAGCCAGCCAGCAGCGAGGCUGGGCACAGAGGAGCCGGCUGUGCCCCCCAGCCAGCCCCAGGACACGGCUGGGAGCACCUCGGGGUGCCCUGGGCACUGCCCGGGGGGAGCAGAGCCCGCCGCAGGCAGCGAUGAGCUGACCGGCUCCGAGCUCUCCAUAGAGAGGGGACACAAAGUCACAGAGAUCUCCCCUUCCUUCAGCCUGGGAGCUGAGGGCUCCUUCUCCCUGCACCUGGCUCGUCCCAACUUCCAGUCCACCCCUGGGGUGUUCCUCGAGAAAACCGGGAAGGCAGAAGGACGUGGAGUCCCGGCGAUCCCUUCGCACCUUCGGGCCUCUCUUUCCCGUUCAGAUGAGGAAACCUCGGGGGAGUCCCCUGCCCCUGGACCAGGGAAGGAAGAUCCUGCCCAGAGUGCAGUGGAAGAAAGCUGUGGACAUUUGGAGUCCUUGAGGCUGGAAUCCCCCGGCUGUGGCAGGAUCCAGUCCUGCCCGGCGCUGGGUUUCCUGGAGAAGGUGGGAGCCUGGCACGUGAGCCAGCCGGAGCAGGUUCCUGACAGCUCAGGUGUCCCAGGGGCGCUUCCCCCUGCAAGGAAAGCCUCCAGCUCACUUCCCAGGGCUGCAAGCUGUAUUUUAGCAGGACAGAGGAGCCCUGGGGAUCCCAAGGACUGCGCUGCUCCCUCCUCCAGUGGGGCAGGUUCUCUGGGCAGCUGGCAUUUCCCUCACGAAGGCCUCCUGCUCGGUCCAGCUCGGGGCAGAUCCCGCUCUGACGCCUCCCUGAGCUCCUGCAGGGAGAGCAGAGCCUUGGUCAGAGCCAGCCCAGCCUGCAGUGAGAGCAGAACCUCGAGCAGAACCUCGGUCAGAACCAGCCCAGCCUGCAGUGAGAGCAGAACCUCAGUCAGAACCAGCCCAGCCUGCAGUGAGAGCAGAACCUCGGUCAGAACCAGCCCAGCCUGCAGUGAGGAGCCUCCAGGACACCCCAGCCCCACCGUGGGAUGCUCCCAGAGCUCCUCCAUGGGCUCCCUGGCACGGAGGGCUGGAGCUGGGCACGGCGACGCCAGGCGAAGCUCGGCCCCAGAUGUGUUCGUGUGCGGCGUUGCUCAGCUCCUUACAAAGCACAAGGAUUGUGAGGAAAAGGAAAAUCGGUCCCUCAAGCUGAAUAUUCCCACUGGACACGAUAUCAUGGAAAACUUUGGAGCUGUUUCCUUGGAGAAUUUGGAUUUUCCUGUCGGUUCUGGGGAGCCUCAGGGGGCCCCAGGCUGUGGUUUGGGCUCCCUGGUGGUGCCCAGGCCCUGCCCCAGUGCAGGAGAGAACAGCUCCAUCCCCCCCGGAGCAGCGCUGCAGACUCCUGAGAAAGAAGAGUUUAAUAUUGAGGAAAGGAUCCCGAUCUACCUGCGGAACCUGGGCAUCGAGCAGUCCCCUGGCAGCAUCCUGGCGCCCUUCGUGCCCCGGAGGCCCCUGUGGGAGCUGGAGUUCUCCCCCUCGGAGCUCAGGAGCCUGCAGGAUCCUGUGGGCUGCCUGGCCAGGGUCCCCCCGCAGGCACAGGGUACUCUGCUGCCAGCCUUCCAGAUGUCAGAGGCCGGCUUUGGCAGGGCGGCAUCCCCGGGGAGCGUGUCCCUUCCCGGGGGCUCUGAGGCGGUGCUGUCCCCCCGGGAGCUGUCCGGGGAGCACCCAGAGAGCCAGGGCAGUGUGCCGGGUCCCCAGCCGGGGCUGGCUGUCCCCACGUCCCCAGCCCGGGGUGCAGAGGGUUCCCCGGGAUCUGCUGGAGCGGAGCAGGACGUGCCCAGCUGCUCCUCGGGCAGGGACGGUGCCGGGGAUGGGGGGACGAGUGCUCGGGUUCCCUUUGCUGGCCGUGAGCCCUGGAGCCUGCAGGGAUGGGCUGCUGGGGCUUUGUCUGGAGCUGGGAAUGGAGUGGAAUUAGACAGAGGGUCCCAGAGCUGCAGCGGGGGAAGUGAGAGCAGCCAGGGGUGGGAAGGAGAUUCCCCGAUGGGCUCCGGGGCCCUGCGGGAGCUGCGGGAGCUGCUGGCACGGGCCGAGGAUCUGGCUGCCGGCUGGGGCCGGCCUGCCUUCCCCUCAGCUGCCCGCACGGAAACCGGGGAGGCUCCCCCGGCACUGCCUGGGAGGGAGCCCGAUCCCGGGGAGCCCAGGCUGGGGAAGGAGCGGAUCCCCGAGCCGCGGGGGGCUGAGCCCGUCACCCAGAGGGGUGUGCGGGGAGAGGGGCUGGGGUUCCACCCUCCGGAUCCCGGCAGCUGCCACCGGGGACGGGGAGAUCCCUCGGCUGUCAGCCUGCAGCGCCGGGAAGGGCUGAGGGGAGCGGCCCAGCGGCCCAGGCCGGGCAGGGCAGAGCCAGAGGGGUGCAGCGCUGUGCCCAGGAGCCAGGCUGUGCUGGUGGGGCUGGCACAGAGCGGAGCCAGCAGCGCCCUGAGCUCGGCCCCACAGCCGGGCCCUCCUCCCCUGCAGCCCCCGGGCACCGGCCCCGCUCUCCCGGGCGGCUCCCGGGGCUCUGUGGGCCGGGCUGGAGGGGCGGAGGGGACACGGGGCAGCAGCAGCGAGGACAGCAGCAGUGGGGAUUCGCUCGGUGCCCGUGUCAGGAGCCUCCUGGGCAGCACCGGGGCACAGCCGGGCACGUUCCAGGACAGCAGCAGUGGGGAUUCGCUUGGUGCCCGUGUCAGGAGCCUCCUGGGCAGCACCAGGGCACAGCCAGGCACGUUCCAGGGGGCUCUCCAGGACAGCAGCAGUGGGGAUUCGCUCGGUGCCCGUGUCAGGAGCCUCCUGGGCAGCACCAGGGCACAGCCGGGCACGUUCCAGGGGGCUCUGGAGAACAGCAGCAGUGGGGAUUCGCUUGGUGCCCGUGUCAGGAGCCUCCUGGGCAGCACCAGGGCACAGCCAGGCACGUUCCAGGGGGCUCUCCAGGACAGCAGCAGUGGGGAUUUGCUCGGUGCCCGUGUCAGGAGCCUCCUGGGCAGCACCAGGGCACAGCCAGGCACGUUCCAGGGGGCUCUCCAGGACAGCAGCGGUGACUCUCUGGCCGCCCGCGUCCGGAGCCUCCUGGGGCCGGCAGCCCCGGGCACCGCCGCCCACCAGAUCCUCAGGGACGCCGAGGAGCAGGAGAGGAAAAUCCGAGCCUGGGUGAAGCUGAAACUGGCCAGCCAGUCCCAGGAGUCUGGGCCAGACAGGGAUGAAGAGACCCAGCACAGGAUGGAGGGAAUGAAGGCAGAGCUGUUCCCAAAGACCAGGGAAUCUGCACAAGCCAAGGAUCCGUGGCUCUGUGGUUUGGGAGCAGGUUCUGAGUAUCUGAGGAAGCAGGAACAGGACCAGGAGCGUUUCCAGGCUCCCAGGUUUCCCAGGGACAGGCACAGACAGACAGACAGACAGCUCUUCCAGUCCGGCUCCCCACCAGCAGUGCCAGUCCCUAGAGCUGAUCCCUGGGAUUGCUCCCUGCUGCAGGACGUGCAGCUCAACCUGUGGGGUCCUGCUGGGCUGCAGGACAUGCAGCUGGAGACUCGGAGAACAGAUGGGCUGCAGGACAUGCAGCUGAAGCCCUGGAAUUCUUCUGGGCUGCAGGACAUGCAGCUGAAGCCCCGUAGCACUGCUGGCUUGCAGAACAUGCAGGACAUGCAGCUGAAGCCCAGGAGCACUGCUGAGCUGCAGGACAUGCAGGACAUGCAGCUGAAGCCCCAGAGCACUGCUGGGCUGCAGGACAUGCAGCUGAAGCCCCGUAGCACUGCUGGCUUGCAGAACAUGCAGGACAUGCAGCUGAAGCCCAGGAGCACUGCUGAGCUGCAGGACAUGCAGGACAUGCAGCUGAAGCCCCAGAGCACUGCUGGGCUGCAGGACAUGCAGCUGAAGCCCCGUAGCACUGCUGGCUUGCAGAACAUGCAGGACAUGCAGCUGAAGCCCAGGAGCACUGCUGAGCUGCAGGACAUGCAGGACAUGCAGCUGAAGCCCCAGAGCACUGCUGGGCUGCAGGACAUGCAGCUGGAGCCCCAGAGCACUGCUGAGCUGCGAGUGUGUGAGCAGCACCGAGCCAUGGAGCACUGCAGUGCCGUGGCAGAGCUCUGUGCCCCCCUGGCAGGGGAUCCCUGUGCAGGGAGCGGUGCAGCUGCCCCCCGUGCCCGCGGGCAGCCGGGCGAGCCGAGCUCCUCCGUCACCCUCUGCUCGUGGAGACGGGCGCCGGCCCCGCUGGGGUCCCGGGCACGCAGCCCCAGCCUGGCCAGGGACGGGAUCCUGCCGGGGGAGGCUCCCUGUGCUCGCCCUGGGGAGGAGAGGCUGGCCACAGAGCCCUGGGAGAGGAUCCAGAGCUGUCCCCCCAGCCCCACGCUGGCCCGCUCCCGGGAGGCUGGAGAUGCUGCAGAGCUUCCUCCCGUCCCCGCUGCCAGUGCUGGAGCUCCUCAGGGAACAGCCUGGGGGCCUGGGAGCAUCCACACUGGGCAAACACAGAGCCUGGGUGCACAGCAGCCCCAAAUCCCGGCUGCAGCUGUGGCUGGGGGGCACGGACAGAGCACCGGGGCUGCGGGGCUGCGCUGCGGCACGGCACAGGAAAUAAAUGCAGUGCUUGAACCCCGCUCUGUCAGCUCACCCCAGCAGCAGGAGAUCCCAGCUGGGCACACCCAGCUCUGUGACAGCUCCAAGGGCUCGGGUCCAGCUGCACAGGGGGGUUUGGAGAAGGGCUCAGGUGCAGCUGCACAGGGGGGUUUGGAGAAGGGCUCAGGUGCAGCUGCACAGGGGGGUUUGGAGAAGAGCCCCAGUGAGGUGUUGGCAGAGGGCAGGAAAAGCCCCGCUGAGGCAGCUCUCGUUCCAGAACAGGCUUCUUCUCACCCUUUACCUGCAGAGGAGGCUUUAUCCAGCACAUCUGAGGCUCCCUCAUCAGCAGUGAGGAGAUUCCUGAGUUGUGUGCACAUCACCCUCUCCUCCAGGGCCGAUCGCUCCGAGCUGCGCGGCGCCGGGACCGCUGGAGCUGGGAUGGGGCUGUGGGACAAACCCCAAGUGAAGGCUCAGGCAGCGACUUUAAAAGCAGCUCCAGAAGCUUCGGUGGAAAGUGUUCCUAAAUUCUCACCUGCUGAGGGUAUUCCAGAGGAUCCCAGCCCAGCUGUGCCAGUGGCAGAUCCCAGCCAGGCGUUUCCCCCCAGGCAGGAGCUGCUGCUGCUGCUCCGGGGCUCAGGGGCUCGGGGUGCAGAGGGGAUCCCCAGCUCUGCCCCUCCUGCAAAACCUGGGAGAAGGACUUCUGAUGCUGCCACUCAGAUCACCACAGAAAGUCCUACAAAGACCAGCUUCUCAGCAGAAAUCUGCCUUGAUGCCUGGCAGGGGGGAAAUGCUGCCCAGCACUCGUCGCUCCCCAGAGCCCCUGAAGCUCCCGGCGUUCCAGCCUCAUCCCACAGGGAGAUUCCUCCCUUCCCAAGGCAGCCUGCCCAGCCCUUGCUGCUGCCCUACAAGCCCUUGGGAAGUGCUGGCAUGUAUUAUGUGCCCUGCCAGAGAUCAGGAGCCAGCGUGUCCCCAGAGACCAGCGAGGCCAGCGGAAACAGCUCCCACUCAGGGUCCGAGGAUGCGGCUGCAGUGCUCCUGGCCCGAGUGCUGGCCCUGGGGGACGAUUCCCCUCCAGCCAGGGCAGCUGCCCAGCACAGAGGGACAAGCCAUGGCCACAGGGCUAAGCUGGCCUGGGCUGAGGAGCAGGGGACACCACUGGAACAGUCUUCAGAGCUCCCAGAUGGCUCCGGGCGUGUAAAACCCUCCGGCUGUGCCCCUGACCCCGCGAGCGGCAGCUGCUGCCCGGCUCCCCGGCACUUGUGCGGGGUCUCUGCUGGAGCAGGACACGCUGUCCCCUCCUCGGGGGCUGUCCCGGCCGGGUCACGGCGGCAGGGUCCCCGUGCGCCCCCCGGGACGGGCCGGCAGCUCUCGGCUCUCCCCGCAGAGGCCGAUGACAGCGGGAGCGAGGAGCCCGGCGCAGCCUUUGGGAACGGGAUGGAGCCGCAGCCGGACGCUGCUGGAAGGGAUCCUGCACCGCCCGGCCCAGCAGCUGAGAGCCGGGGGAAGGCAGCACGGCAGAGGAGCCGCCCCAGGGGCAGCCUGGGGGAGCUGUGGGUGACGUUCCUGGAGCGCCAGAGCAGACAGCAGCAGGAUUUCGGGGAGAGCGGAGAGCUGUCCCUCGUGGAGCGCCUGGAGCGGCUGGCCAGGCUCCUGCAGAAUCCCAUCAGGCACGCCCUGGCACCGGCAGCAGCUGGGGAGAAGGUUCCUGAGGGGUGCCCGCAGGGAAGGGAGCGGCUGAAAAUACUGCUGGCAGGAGGAGGCAGGUCUGGGAGCGGCACGGAGCCCCGGGGAACGCGAGCGGGACGGAGGCCACGGGUGAUCCAGGAGGAGCUCGGGGCACACAGGCCGGGGCAGAAGGUGAUCCAGCACCUGAAGAGGAUUCUGGAGCAGCAGCAGCAGCUGGGAAUUGCGAGUGACAGCUCCUCGGAGGCCAGGCUGAGCGCAGAGCCCGGCGGCUGCAGCAGCUGCAGCACCUCGGGGUGGGACACGGGGACCCCGGCGGGGCUGGACACCUCCCCGGCCUCUGGGGACAGCAGCUCCCUGUCCCUGGCCACCAUCGACACGGCCAGGCUGCUCCGGGCCUUUGGGCAGCACAGGCUGGGGCUGGAGCUGCCCCCGAGGCUGGCCCAGCUGUACUGUGCCAUCAGCCAGCAGAAGAGCCGCUCGGAGCGCUGGGAUGAGGAGAGCGAAGGAGCAGGGGCUGAGAGCCUCGGGAAGGGGCAGCAGAGCCAGAGCACCAUCCCCUUUUCCUCGGAUUCCACUUGUGCCAGCAGCAGCUCCUGGGGACCGAGCUCUGCCCUCAGAAACAAGCGACGGACACGGAUGCUGAACAAAGGGAUCCAGGCAGGAGACCUGGAGAUUUUCAGCAGCGGCACCAGGAGGAACACCAGGGACGUGGGGGUGACCUUCCCCACGCCCAGGCACAGCCAGGAGCCCGUGGGGCACAGCCAGGAGCCCGUGGGGCACAGCAGCCAGGAGCUCAGGGGACACAGCCAGGAGCCCACAGGACAGAGCCAGCAGCUCACAGGGCACAUCCAGGAGCCCACAGGGCACGGCCAGGAGCUCAGGGGACACAGCCAGGAGCCCACAGGGCACGGCCAGGAGCCCAGGGGACACAGCCAGCAGCUCACAGGACCCAGGCACGCUGUCCCUGGCACCUGGCAGCGGGCACCCACGGACAGGCUCCCCACGGACAGACGGACAAGGAGCAGCAGGCUGCACUUGCAGCAAGGGACUCAGUGGCUCAUCCCAGCAGAGGACUUGAAAUGUGAAUGGAGGAAAGAAAACCAGUCCAGUGCCAUUCCUGGCCCUGGGCCAGCCUGGUUUGAGCCCUGGAGCAGCACAAAGCCCUGGAGAGAGCCCCUGCGGGAGAAGAACUGGGAGCAGCAGCCCAGCCUGGGCCGGGCAGGGGCUGGCAGGGGGCUGGGGCAGCCCCUGGGGAAGCUGACACUGCAGGAGGCCCUGGCCCUGCACCGCCCCGAUUUCAUCUCGCGCUCGGGACAGCGCCUGCGGCACCUGCGGCUGCUCCGCGAGGAGAGGAGGCUCCAGAGGCUGCUGCAGUCCCAGAGGGAGCAGCUGUUGCAGCCUCCAGGGAAGAGACAGGCCUGCAGGACUGCAAAUCACCGAGGUUUCCUGAUGAAAGAAAAAAGAAGAGCAAUUCCCAAGAGAGAAAUGUUUCAAAGAUCUAAAAGGCUCUACGAGCAGCUCCCCGAGGUGAGGAGGAAGAGGGAGGAGGAGCAGAGGAAGCUGGAGUACAGCUCCCACCGCCUGCAGGCUCGGCUCUACAGAACUAAAAUCACCAACCGUGUCCUGGGGAAGAAGGUGUCCUGGAGCUGAGGGGAGCCUCUCCAGCCAGGCUGGGCUGCAGCAGCACCUGCUGGGACAGGGAGAAAGCAGUAAAUGCUUCUGCAGCUCGAGUUUGUGCUCUUGGGUCACUUUUGUACUGAUUAAUUCUGCCCUGUGUAAGAAUCAGUUGUUUGGGGGCAGUGUCAGGGUUUUAAAUAAAUAGCUGUGUUUUUAUAGUGGUGUUAGGCACUUGCAGGGGAAACAGUCUGGAAAAACUUGGUUCAUAAUAUAUUUAUAACUCCCUGAUUGGAAUAGCAGUUUUCUAUAUUUAUUUUCAAUGGAUUUUAAUGGGGAUUUUUAAACUUUUUAAAUUCCUGUCUCAAUGUAGAAAAUUCCCUUGUUAUGUUUUAUA